CAGUUUAUUCAGAAACCCCAUUGAAAGCAGACUCUGCCAUCACACGUUGCAUGAAACCGUUACGUGUUACGAAUAAAAUCGAUUUAAAAAAUAUUCUGGACUAGUUAAUAGAUCUGUCGCGAUUAUUGAACGAGUGGUAAGAUAUUUUUCUAAAGGGACUCGAUGUGUUACCACAAAAAAUGAGAGUUAUAAAGUGUUUAAAACUGAGCAGUGUGAUUGUACGAUAGUUUGUUGAAGUGUGUAAAAACUUAUAAAUAAAUGUUUCGAGAUCAUCAACUAUAGUUUUUGGGGUAAUGACGUAACAAUUCCCGAACAUUGUGAAUAUUUCGAAACCGCGCGUGAACACCGCAGCACCGAUGAUUGUGAAUCAUGAGUGCUUGGUGUUGCAUCGCGAUCAUGAUGUCCACCAUCAGUACUGGUGUGCUAUCUCCGGCGCCGCAGAAGACUGAGGCUAAAGAGGCAUAUGAUCGCCAAUACUGGUAUGCCCAAGCGCAAGAAACUUUACAAAAACGACUUCAAUACGCUGCUGAUAAGAAUCCUGUUGCUAAGAACGUGAUUUUAGUAGUGGGCGACGGUAUGAGCCUCACUACUGCUACGGCAGCAAGAAUACUUCGCGGACAAAGACGCGGCCAGUCGGGUGAAGACACUGAUCUCGUUUGGGAUACUUUCCCGGCCGUAGCUUUGGCGAAAACAUACAACAUUGACGCCCAAACCGGGGAGUCUUCGGCCUGCGCCACCGCUCUUCUCUGCGGAGUGAAGGCCAGAUACGAAACCCUGGGCCUCGAUGCUGGAGGAAGAUUCAAUAAUUGCGCCUCAACUAUUAACUCCAAAGUUACUUCGUUGGUGGAUUGGGCUCAUGAGGCCGGUAAAUCCAGCGGCAUAGUAACGACAGCGCGUAUAACGCACGCGACCCCAGCGGCAUUAUAUGCGCACGCGCCGUCCAGAUAUUGGGAAGAUGACAGCAGAGUACCACCAAUGGUGAGGAAAGACUGCAAAGAUAUUGCUUUACAACUGGUUGAAAAUGAACCGGGAAGGAGUAUAAAUGUAAUAAUGGGAGGUGGCAGAAGACACUUCCUACCAACUAUCACACCAGAUCCUGAACAUCCGAACCGCGAAGGCAGAAGACUUGAUGGAAGAAAUCUCGCGGAAGACUGGGCUAGAGAAAAAAAGCGUCGACGGCUUCGAGCCCAAUACAUCCAUUCCAGGGAGCAGUUAGCAAAACUAGAUCCAAGGACGGUGGAUUAUGUAUUAGGGCUUUUUGAAUAUUCACACAUGGAAUUUAAUGCGGAGCGCGGGGCGGUGGCGGAUGCGGAAGAGGGGGCGGGCGCGGGCUCAGCCGUCAAGGCGGACGACCCUUCCCUCGCGGACAUGACUCGCGCAGCUCUUUCGAUAUUACUAAAAAAUGACAAAGGAUUUUUUCUACUUAUCGAGGGCGGCCGGAUAGACCACGCGCAUCACUACAAUAAUCCAUAUAGAGCACUCGAUGAGACUUUGGAGUUGGAAACUGCUCUAUUAGCUGCAUUAGAGAGAGUCAAUCCAGCUGAAACACUUAUUGUCGUGACUGCGGAUCACGGGCAUGUGAUGACGUUUGGAGGUCAAGCAACGCCGAGGGGUCAUCCUGUAUUAGGUGCGGACACAGUGGUCUCGGAUAUCGAUGGGUUACGCUACACGACUCUGCUUUAUGGCACUGGCCCAGGUCAUUCAGAGCCAAGAGCGCUUCCCUUUAACACCUCAUUGUCUACAAACCCUGCUGAUGCUGUUCACGCGGCUGCUGUACCUCGGCAAUGGGCGACGCACGGCGGCGAGGACGUACCCAUUUAUGCUUUAGGUCCAAUGGCGACAAUAUUGUUUGCCGGAGUUGUCGAACAAAGUUACAUACCGCAUGCAAUCGCUUAUGCCGCCUGUAUCGCUCAUCAAGCCCGGAGAUGUCAAGAGAAGAUUAAUUUCACCCAACCCAUCAUAAAUGAAAAAGUUCCCAACUGCGUGCCGCCAGAAGUGAGUAGCGUGUCUGCUCCGGACGAAACUCGGACUGAUAAUGCGAGCGGGCGUCGCAUUGUAGUCGCUUCGAGCGUGAUGUCCGACGAGCGAGCGCCGCGCUCCGCCGCUCCGCUUGUCACUACAUACUACUUUAUAAUAUUAGGCUUAACUUACACGCACAUACAUUUCUACUGUUAUCUUAUUGAGUUGAAAAUAUAUAUCAAUUUGUAAAUAAUAGGUCCACACGUCGAAACAAUUUCAUCAGUAGCAUAAACAUUUCUUGAAUAAAUCCCAUAAUUGUAUCGGCGGAUGUACAAAAUUUUGUAUCAUAACAAUGUACAGAGGAAUAUUGUAAAUAUUCUGUUACAGGCACUGAAAUGUACAUAGUUUAUGGUAAAUGUAAAUACAAUUAUGAUAAAUUUU